UCUUCUAGCGGUAUUUUCGAAAAGGAAGAUGGACGGAACAGAUACUGAUAUGAAAAACCAUCCAAGGGAUAAUAUACAGGAAUUCCUAAAUGCAGUUGAAAAUCACAAAUUUUAUGAGGGUACAGAAGACAUUGACGGAAAAGAUUUGUCCGUCAAAUUUGCUCAGCUCAGCCAGGCAAAGACACAGAUCAAAGAGGCUUUUUCAUUACAAACAGUGUCCAAGGAAAUGUUCCUCAAAUAUCUGUGUCAAGACUUCAACAGCUGGCCAACACAACAAAAUCAGUCAGAGGAUCCACAGAUGCAGGAGGUCUCACAAAAAUUAAAGUCCAGUAAAGCUGCCAUUGAACAAGAGAAGGCAACCGCAACAGAACUAGCCUCUUGUGCUGAGGAUGGUUACGAAAUGCUGAAGUCAAAGAUCUCAAGCUUGAAAGAAAUUCUUGUCAAGAGAGAACAGAAGCGAAAAGAGUUACAAGAGCUGAGGAAUAAGAUGAAUGGUGGUGAAGGAGUUCCAAAGAAUCUAAAGGAAGCCAUUCAACAACAGAAAGAGGAGAAAGCACGAUUAGAGGCUGAGAUAGCCAUGAGAGAGGAAGCAAAAGUGGAAGCCAAAGUCGACCACGACAGACUACAACAAGACGUGACAACUCUCCGAGGGAAGAUCGAGAGACAGGAAGAGGAUAUCCAUAAAUCUCACUCCGAAGCAGUCAAGAAACAAACACUCUUAGCAGAAAAAAUCAAACAGGAAACAGAACUCCAUGAAUACAUCAGGAAGUUGUCUGGGAUCCGAGAGAUCCCAACAGAGGAUGCAGAUUCUGUGUGCCUGGGAUUUGUUCAGGGAGAGGAAGAGGAUCCCAGCCUCAUUCUGACAAUGCACCUGGCUGCUGAUCCCACUGACAGAGUGUACCUGAAAGGAGCAGAGGUUAAAUCUGGCAGUGGAUAUUAUGUGAAUGUCCAGUCACUGCCCACAGAGGAAUUGAUCAGAGUGGCCGUCCAGAAAAAUGACCCCGUUUCCCUGGUUCGCUCACUAAGGGAGCUGUGGAUUUCCUAUCACCCUAUUGUGUCGGAAGUCAAAAAGCUCUCAGAGAGGCAUGCAGUUGAUUGGAUCCAAGAAGAGGGUGUGGUGAGGGUCCUUAUGGGGAAAAGGGGGACAGUAAUAUGUACCUUGUCUGUACCCAAGACAUACCCCCAGGAGGGUAGUGUUUCUCUGGUCAGUGUACAUGGAGGAUAUGGAGAGGAAAACACUAUGGAUGUUGAUGAAACAGUAGAGAACAAAACACUACAACAAUGGAUAGACUAUUUAGAGGCAAGAUAUGGACAUUGUUGACAAAGCAGAGAGGAGGUUCUAAAUACAUGUACUUGUACCUGAACAUUGUACAUACUUCUAACAUGUAGUACUUUAGCCUGUGUUAAACUCUUUCUAGAAUUUAUUAUGGGUAUUUUUGAUGUAAUUAUUUCAAUUGUAAAUUAAACAAAAUUUCUGUGUAUACAGUCAAUUCUCAAAUUAUCACCAUUCGAUUCAUCGCCAUUUUCGCAAUACCACCAUGAUUUCCCAAGAACGUUUUUCCUACUAUGUAAAAUUCUCUUUAUAACGCCAAAUUCACAUACCGCCAUCUGCCAACCUGUUUUCACAACAAACAUCCAUUUUUAAGUGUCAAUUAUCUCAUAUACCGCCACAGGUGCAUGCGGUCAAUGAAGCGCGGCUAAUUGGUAGAUGCUGUCUGUUGUAACACUGCAAAGCCAGACAAGGUACAUGCAAAUAAAUAAUUUAAUAAGAGUUAAAUAAACAAUAAUUUUACUAUGAACUGUUAUAAUGAUUUUGUUCUCUGUUUAAUAAAAAUCAUUUAGUCACGGCUUCGCCUUGAAAGCGAUAGUUGUUAAAGUACGCUGAAUACAAUAUUAUGUUGAUGAUCUCUGCUUUAAACAAUGCAAAGUUUGCUUUAGAAAUAAUUAUAUGGUAUAAAUUGUGAACGUUUCAUAUUUCACGACGAUCGACCCAGCAUGUUUUUUUUCAAUAUCAGACGUGCCGUUUUACAUGCAUACACAUGUACUUGUCUUUAUUGUACAUAACAAAAUUACUUAAGGUACUUUCAAAUUUAGAAAUGUUUUAUAUACAUGUACAUGUACAUGUAAUUAUAAGAAUAGAAACUCUAAAUGGUACAUGUAUUUCUAUAUAUAUACUUGUUUCCUAAAAUAUGGGAAAUUCAAUUCAUCGCCAAAUUCGUUAUAACGCCAUGAUUUCUAAAUUACAAAAGGUGGCGGUUUAUCAAGAAUUAACUGUAUUUCAAAUUUGAAGAUAUAUGUAUAUGCUAAAAUUCUAUUUAAAAAACAACAAAACAUAAUGUCACAUUUUUUCCAAUAGAAAUUUAAUAUUAUAU